CUGUUUCUAUUCUCUGAACAAAGACCGCUUCCAGUCUAAUCAUCCAUGUCGAUCCAAACUCACCCAGCGGUGCAAAAUUGAAUAAAAUAAAUAAAGUAAUAUUAGUUUCUACUGCUCCUUUUUUAUAUUAAUCAUGUUCAUCACUAGUCUAAAUGAGAAAAGAAACAAACAAGAUCGUUUAAAUAAUUUGUAGAUUCUAUGGCUUUGAAAUAAAAAUUUUCUUGGCAUGUCCUUGUCGGUUUUAAUAAUUGGGUUUAUACCCUUUUCGUCAACUAAUACGAUGUUCAGAACCCUGUAGAUUCAUUGUGUCCGAUACAUUUUUAAAUAUUAGGUGUAAAUUGUAAUCCGCAUGUGACCUGUUCUGCUCUGGUUCUGUUUCUGAUCUGAUCUCUGUUUCAAGAAUCAGUUUUCUUUUCUUGACCAGAUCUCUCUCUCACCUAUCCCUGAGAUUAUUCAGUUGGUAAACUGGGUUUGUUUAGAGGGAGAGAAUUGGAUUAGUUUUGUUUGUUUAAAGAUUGAAUUUAUCUGAUAUUGAGAUGGGGAGUCACUGCUCUAAGCUCACACCAUGCUGCUGGGAUUCACAGUUCAAAGCAGCAGCAGUUGUCGAAGUUCCUGAUGCUAUUGGUAAUGGAGGGAAGAGUGAGGUUGAUCACUUGCCUGUGUUCCGCGAGUUCACGGUCGAGCAGCUCAAGAAUGCAACUUCAGGUUUCGCUGUAGAAAACAUAGUGUCUGAGCAUGGAGAGAAGGCUCCAAAUGUUGUUUAUAAAGGGAAGCUGGAAAACCAGAGGAGGAUUGCUGUUAAGCGCUUUAAUAGAAUGGCUUGGCCUGAUGCUCGACAAUUUUCGGAGGAAGCAAGAGCAGUUGGUCAGCUCCGCAACCAUAGACUGGCAAAUUUGCUUGGUUGUUGUUGUGAAGAUGAUGAGAGGCUGCUUGUGGCAGAAUACUUGCCCAAUGAGACACUUGCCAAACACCUUUUUCAUUGGGAAACACAACCUAUGAAAUGGGCAAUGCGAUUAAGGGUUGCCCUACAUCUUGCAGAAGCUCUAGAAUACUGCACAAGUAAAGGACGUGCUCUCUAUCAUGAUCUUAAUGCUUACAGAAUUUUAUUCGAUGAGGAUGGCAAUCCAAGAUUAUCGAGCUUUGGUCUGAUGAAAAACAGCAGGGAUGGAAAAAGUUACAGUACUAAUCUAGCAUUUACUCCUCCUGAGUAUUUGAGAACUGGAAGAGUAACGCCAGAAAGUGUAAUAUAUAGCUUUGGCACUCUUUUGGUUGACCUUCUCAGUGGAAAGCACAUACCUCCCAGCCAUGCGCUUGACUUGAUACGGGACAGAAAUCUUCAGAUGUUAACAGAUUCUUGCUUGGAAGGGCAGUUUUCCAAUGAUGAUGGGACUGAGUUAGUACGCUUGGCUUCUCGUUGUUUACAGUAUGAACUCCGGGAACGACCAAAUUCAAAAUCAUUAGUGGCUGCUUUGAAUCCUCUUCAGAAGGAAGUUGAAGUGCCUUCCCAUGUCUUGAUGGGUAUUCCACACAGUGCUUCACUAUCUCCUUUGUCUCCAUUUGGUGAGGCUUGCUCAAGAAAGGACCUGACAGCCAUACAUGAAAUCUUAGACAACAUUGGCUAUAAAGACGAUGAAGGAGUAACAAAUGAGCUCUCGUUCCAAAUGUGGACUGACGAAAUGCAAGAAACUUUGAAUUUCAAGAAAAAGGGUGAUUCUGCUUUCAAGCAGAAGGAUUUCAGAGAAGCAAUUGAGUGUUACACACAGUUCAUUGAUGCUGGAACAAUGUUUUCUCCAACUGUUUUUGCACGGCGCAGCCUGUCCUUUCUCAUGAGUGAUAUGCCUCAAGAAGCUCUAAAUGAUGCAAUGCAAGCCCAGGUCAUUUCCCCUGUAUGGCAUGUUGCAUCUUAUCUCCAGGCUGUUGCCCAUGCUGCACUGGGAAUGGAGAAUGAAGCACAGGUAGCACUCAAGGAAGGUACAAAUCUUGAAGCUGAAAAGAAUGCAACCUCAGAACAGAAGUGAAGCUGUAGAAUAUGUGUGGUGAUUGAUCUGUGAAUUUUCGACACUCCUUCAUUUGAAGCUCCAUCCAUGAAGAUGAAAAACUUGGCAUUGAUUUUGGGGUUUUCAAUUCUAUGGAUGGCAUUCAUUUCCAUAAUCUAGUUAAAGAAAACACUUCUUUUCACUGAUGAUUUCCUAUGGUGGUGUCUUGGGGUUGGAAAGCAUGGGAGACUUCUAAUACUUGUGAGGUUUGAUCGUUUGUGUACUUGAGGUUCCAAAAUUGUUCCUGACAUUCCAUUGAAAGCAGAACAAAUUUGUUUUAUUUAUUUAUAUGUUCAUUUUUGACAGGUGAAUUAAUGGGAGGCAAAUAAUACUAGCAAGCUUUUAAUUUA